AUGCCUUCCAUGCCUCCUCUCCUGCUCUGCCUCACCUUCGCAGCCCUCCCGGAGCUCGCCGCCGCCGCCGACGAGCCCGUGCGAGACAGCCGCUCGCCGCCCCAGAUUCUCCUGUCUCCAGCACAGUGCCAGGCCUGGGGCACAGUGGCCAACGCGUCGGGUGGGCUCGGCGCCGUAUGCGCUGCGUGCUCGCGCCCGGGCGAGGGCGGCGAUGCGCCGCCAUCGGCCGCACCGCCGCCGGUCCAAGCCUCUGACUGCGCCCUCCGUGGCCUGAGUGUCUCCGGCACCGAUCUCCAGCCGCCCUUUGACGCGGCAAAGCGCCGGUAUGCGGCGACGGUGCACACCUCGCAGCCGAUGCUGCUGGCGGAGAGCGGCGCGGAUUGCCGGCUGCAGGUCACCUGCUGGGACCGGCUCGCUCCCGAGGCGCCUCCGAUCCCGCCCGCGCUCGACACCGGCGUCCCGCGCUUUGCGCUCCCUCUGCCGGGCGAGACUGCGAGUAGCGCCUGCGAG